AUGGCCGGCGUUAUUAAAGAUGCCGUCUCGAACGUGCUUGGUAAAAUCCAAGGUACCACCGGAGAGACUCCCCGCGAGCCCUCGGCCGAGGAGUUCCAAACCCUCCAAAAGAAGUAUAACGACGCCGGACAAGGACAUGUCUUCGCCUUUGUCGAUGAAUUAAGCACUGUUGAGAAGUCCCAGCUGUUCCACCAGCUGUCCAACUUUGACCCCACCCGGAUCAACGAGCUGGCCGACAAGGCUCUGAACCCCCCCAAGGCCGAGCAGGCCGCCGUCACUCUCGAGCCCUUGCCCGACGUAGCCACAGCCUCCAUCCUCGACUCCGAUCCCUCAGAUCUCCAGAAGUGGUACAAUGCAGGCCUGAAGGAGGUCGCGGAGAACAAGGUGGCGGUUGUGUUGAUGGCUGGUGGGCAGGGUACCCGGCUCGGCAGCUCCGCCCCCAAGGGCUGCUUCGAUAUUGGUCUUUUGAGCGAGAAGUCGCUCUUCCAGCUGCAGGCUCAGCGCAUUGCUAAGCUCCAGGAGCUGGCUCAGAAGGCCAAUGGCGGUGCCGAGGUUGUUAUUCCCUGGUACGUUAUGACCAGUGGGCCUACUCGCAAGCCCACCGAGGAGUUCUUCACGCAGAACAACUACUUUGGUCUCAAGGAGAGCAACAUUAUGAUCUUCGAGCAGGGUGUUUUGCCUUGUAUCUCCAACGAGGGUAAGAUCAUGCUCGAGAGCAAGGGCAAGGCUGCCGUUGCCCCCGAUGGAAACGGUGGUAUCUACCAAGCCCUCGUAGUCUCAGGUGUGCGCGAGGACAUGCGCCGCCGUGGCAUCAAGCACAUCCAUGCCUACUGCGUCGACAACUGCCUUGUCAAGGUCGCCGACCCCGUGUUCAUUGGAUUCUCCGCAGAAAAGGAUGUCGACAUUGCCACCAAGGUGGUGCGCAAGCGUAACGCCACUGAGUCUGUUGGUUUGAUCUUGCUGAAGAACGGCAAGCCUGAUGUCGUUGAGUACUCCGAGAUCGACCAGGAGACCGCCGAAGCCAGAGACCCCAAACAGCCCGACGUGCUCAAGUACCGUGCUGCCAACAUCGUCAACCACUACUACUCAUUCCGCUUCCUCGAGUCUAUUGAGAACUGGGCACACCAGCUGCCCCACCACGUGGCCCGCAAGAAGAUUGGCUGCGUGGACCCCGAGACGGGUGACGCCGUCAAGCCCGAGAAGCCCAACGGUGUCAAGCUCGAGCAGUUCGUGUUUGACGUGUUCCCCAUGACCCCGUUGAACAAGUUCGCCAGCAUUGAGGUGCGCCGUGAGGAUGAGUUCUCGCCCUUGAAGAACGCCCGUGGUACCGGUCAGGACGACGCAGAUACCAGCCGGGCAGAUAUCAUGGCCCAAGGCCAGCGGUGGAUUGAGGCUGCAGGUGGUGUUGUCAUCACCGAGGGUGAGGCUGUUGGUGUUGAAGUCUCCCCUCUGAUCAGCUACGGCGGUGAAAACCUGGAAUUCCUCAAGGGCCGUGAGAUCAAGGCCCCUGCCAUUCUGGAAAAAGAAGAGUAG